AGAUUCCUGAUGUAGUCGCAGAGAAAACUUGGCGGUGGAAACCAGUGGAAACGUCUUCUUUGUUAGAAGCUGGCACAAAUUGGAGGUUUGCGUCCCAUUCAUUGAGUGUACUGGAUUUUAUAAAUUUACAAUGUGAAAUCGACACAUGACGUAGAAUGAGUUCAUCUUACACGGGUCAAUUACAAUAGUCUAACAGUCAGUGAGUUGUAAACAUGUCAUCAGUGGGACAACUAGUUCCUCAGGUGACGCGAAGCCCCCCAAAUAUGUCUAUUAUUAAAUUCAACGGACCCCACGUAGAGGGGUCUUUCUGCACGUCAAUCGAUUACAACUAUGACCCUGUAAUCAGCGUGUUAUGCGCUAUGUACAUUGCAUUUGGCGUCGUCUACACGCUGUUCGGCUACCGCUGUUUCAAAGCAAGUAUGUUCCUGACUGGCUUCACUUUUGGCUCGGCUAUCGUUUACCUUAUAUGCCUCCAGGAGUAUCUGAUGCCACCUUAUGGUAACGUUGGAGUGGCUCUGUGCGCUGGGCUUCUGUUCGGGCUCAUCACUAUGCUGAUCCAGUACGUGGGCCUAUUCAUGACCGGCUUCCACACGGGUGUGCUGCUCGCUAUCGCCGGACUAGCCAUCUACGACCAUUUCCUGGAUUCCCGCCCGACUACAUACUGGCUCUGUGUAGUUGUAUUGCUAUGUUCAGGCAUUUUCUUCGCAGUCAUCAACCUGUACUGGAAGAAAGUGCUUACAAUCUUCGGCACGAGCGUGUAUGGGGGCGCUGUGAUCGCGACGUCCCUUGAUUACUUCUUCGAACGAAUGAUGAUGCUUAAGUGGUUGUGGGAGCGCGCGAAGCUGGAGCCGGCCGUGGCGCCCCCCUGCCGGCUGUCGUGGCUGACGCUGGCCGCCUGGCCCGCCGCCGCCAUCGUUGGCCUCACUGCACAAUGCGCCCUCACCGCUACCGGCAUCUACCACGAACAGAGCAUAAGCGCCCAGAAACGCCACCUAAAGGCCCAGCAGGCUCGCCCCGUGACCCGCGAACAACGCGCCGAGAUGAAACAACGCAAAUACCGAUACUUGUACCAGGUCCGCACCGCUCACGGCGAUGUUAUCUCACAGUCGUAUGUCCAGGCGUUGCAGAAGAAGGCUCAGUGUGGUAACUGGAGUGCCAGCGGUGGGGGGGAGUGCAGUACCCUGCAGAGUGACUCCACUCAUCUGACGAUCCUCGCUGGCUCUGAGCACGCGCCUCCUACCGACUCUGACGACGACCUGAACCAGAUCAGGGCUGCGCAUUAAAUAUGAUUGUAAGGUGAACAAGGCAGGUAUAGCACAUCGCAGUUUGUUUAUGAAUAUUCUGUGUACCUAGUAUUAUCGUAAGAAGAAUCCACUCAUAUUAUUAUUAUUAUUACACAGUAGUGUCGUAUCAUGACUAGUAAUCUUAUAUUAAUUGUAUUUAAUGAGAAUUUAUUGUUGUAUUACGAUAACUAUCGAUUGAAUUGGUCGCGAAUGUUUCGAUGACGGAGUUCAAGGCCUAUAUGUAUUUAUUUAUUGCCAAAUAUAAGUUAGUUUUAAGUAUAAUUUAAAAUAAAAUUUUUGAUCAAUUUAUCAUUGAAAACAAUACCGUCUCUUUCUAUCGGAUUUUAUAUUAGAAUAAUGAAUGCUGAACAUUCCAAAGCUAGAUGAAUACAUAGAUUAAUCCUAAGAGCUAGUAGACAUUAUGUUGACGACAACUGAGAGAUUAUUAUAUACUCGAUGUACCCGUAAACACUGCCAUCUGUACAAUUCUGUCCUAAUACUAAUGUAAUGGUCUUGGACUCCUGCGAAGUGGUUGUAAUUAUUUCAUGUUUUAUAUAAGAACUGAUAACGACGGCUUCGUGAGUUGCUAGCGAAUACCUAACUCGGUUGGCGCACGAAUGUCACUACAAUGAUUCGUAAUCUCCCCUUAGAUCGUGUGCUUCUAACCUGCGUGAGCAAUUUAGGUCUACA